CAAAACUUUUUAUUAUGAUGUGUACAGUGUGCACCAAACGAAUCUGUUAUGAUCACUUGGUCUAUUCCCCUGACAUUUCAUGAAAAGUUUACCGUGUAUGAUUAAGUGUAGGUAAACCCCAAUAUCCCUUAAUCGUCUUUAAUAAGUGUUUUGUCGGCCAGAAGACAGAGAGACCAACAAUACCAGCGAUAUAUUCAAAUACUGUCUGCGCCGUACCAGGAAGCUGAGCUACCGCAGUUGAGUGAGGAGGAUGCGUUACCGACAGAGGGGGGGAGGUCAGCUGGGUCUGAUCCUCCUGGCCUCCCAGGUCUUCCAUGUGGGGGUGGAGAACAUUCCCCCUGUGACGCUGGCUGUAUUGGGCCUUAACGUCUACCUCUUUCUGGUACCCAGCUUACCCCUCCUCCAGGCCUGCAUCAGCGUCCAACAAACCUACUGGCGUGGUGACUGGCGCCGCCUCGUGCUGUCGCCGCUGCACCACCUAGACGACUGGCACCUGUACUUCAACAUGGCAUCCUUCCUGUGGAAGGGCGUCAAGUUGGAGCCCCGGCUUGGCAGCAGCUUCUACGCCUGGCUUCUGACUGUUUUCUCCCUGCUGACGGGCGUGAUUUAUCUGCUGCUGGAGAUGGUGCUCUCGGAGAUCACCCAGGACCCCUCUUACAGCUUAGAGUGUGCAGUCGGCUUUUCAGGAGUGCUUUUCGCUCUGAAAGUGCUGAGUAACCACUACCACCCGGGAGGUGUCUCCUACGUGAUGGGCGUCCCAGUGGCCAAUCGCUACGCCAGCUGGGUUGAGCUGGUACUGAUUCAUGUAACGUCACCGGGGACCUCCUUUGUGGGACACCUGGCAGGCAUCCUGGUGGGCCUUCUCUACACCGCUGGUCCUUUGAAGAUCAUCAUGAGAACAAUUGCAGGAUUUGUGAUGAAUGGAUACCAUGCCAGACAAAAUCCAUAUUAUAACUUUUCAGGAUACAGUGGCAGUAGUGGAGGACCCCGUGCACACCCCCAGAAUGUUCACCCUUACACUGGAGGUCUAUCAGAGGAUGAGCAGUACGAGGCAGCCAUCAGAGCCAGUCUCAAUGGCAGAGGGGGCUCCACUCAGAGAAGACCAACCUCGCAUGGUUUCAACAUUCCAGGAGAACUGACAGCAGAGGAGAUCAGGAGGCGGCGGCUCCAGAGGAUUGACCACUUUGACUGACCAAGCUGGACUAUUGGUUCAUUGGAGGAUAAAAAUAUCUUUCCUCAAGGAAUACUACACUGAAAAAUUAUAGUAUUUUGUCCAUCAGUCCACUGUUAAAGGUAGAAUCAGUGAAAUGUUGCACAAGCAGUACCUCAGAUAUUGCGAUGAGCAAGAUGCAAGAUUUCGCUCUCACCCAGUCACACACAGUAUCUGCGCAUGUGCUUAACGCUCUUACAAAGUGGUAGCCAAGGGACCAGAACAGGAGAAGUUUAGCCUCGCGCUCCAACUCUCAUAGUUGUUGGGGUGCAUUUUAAUUUGGCAUUUUAUAAUUAAAAAAUAUUUGAAAUGAAUAUUUGAAAACUUAUAAAUAUUAUGCAGUGAAAACAGCCAAAUGUAUCCAAAUCACAUUUUAGUAACCACAUUGAUUUGACAUGUUCACUUUGUAGUGUCAACUUUAUUGAAUGCGUGCCAAUGACUUGUGCUAUCGAUCCCUCACGGUUAGCGUGCCAUUGAGCUCUUACCGUAUGUAUUGGGCUACUAUUUAAUUAUUUUCAACUAUCAAUUAAGAUUUUUAGUCCUGUAGUAUUUGAAUAUAAUAGGAUUACCAAAUAUACUGUUUCUGUCUCUUGGCAAAUAUGAAACGGCAAUUAUAGAGAUCUGGGAACUAAGUCUUCUAUUUUGAUACAUUUUGCUCUAGAGGGAUUCUGAGAAUGAACUCGUCAUUUCACAUGAGAGUAAUAUGAUGUAUUUCUUAAAAUAAUCUUGUUUGUUACAAUGUAUUUUUGGAACAUUUAUAUUAAAUAUGUGCAUUGUGUUAAA